GCAUUGACCGUCAAACUUCCUCAAACCUCGCAGUAUUUCCCUCCAAACAAAUGCCGAGAUGGUGAUUGCUCUAUGAACAGAUUUUGAUUCUGCAUUGGUUAACAUUUUGGAAUCUGGUUAUUUGCCUGGUGGGGAUUUGAGAUUUUCAUGCAUGACAGCUUUGUUGUCUAUGAAUUAUAUUUUUCUCCAAUUUGGUCUUGCUGGUUUCAUGUGAAUCGAAAUUGUGAUGUUAAUUUUGCAGGUGAGAACAAAAAAUGGUGAAUCUACGUGCAAGUGAACGGCAAAAGCCUGCAGCUGCAGAGAUUGAUACAAGGGCACCAUUUCAGUCUGUCAAAGCUGCUCUCAGUUUAUUUGCCGAAGUUAAAACUAAGGAUGAGAAGCCCGUCAUCAGGAAGACUAAACAAGUUUCUUCCGAGGAUGUCCUAGGCAAGGAGACACAGCUUCAAUUGGCCCAAAUGGAGCUAGAAAGGACCAAGAACAAGUUAGAGAGUGCUGAAACUACAAGAGCUCAAGCAGUUCGUGAUCUGGAGAGGGCUAAGAGGACACUGCAGGAAUUGACAACCAAGUUCAACUCUGUAAAUGAAUCCAAGGAGUUGGCAUUAAAAGCUGCAGAAGCUGUGAAGCAGAAGGCCGAGCUACUUGAACAUGCUAAGUCUGAAAAACACUUGAUAAAUGAUACGCAGAGCCAGGCAUUGAUUCAGACAAGACAAGAGUACAUGACUGCUGCUACUCAACUUGAUUAUGCAAAACAGGAGCUUAACAAUAUCCGUCAGGAUUUUGGUGCAGCUUUGGAGGCAAAACUGGCUGCCUGCCAACAGGCUGCCGAGGCACAACAUUCAGCAGAACUAAGUUCAGAAAGGGUUGAUGAGCUGCAAAAGGAAAUUGAAGCCGUCAAGGAUACUGCUAGACAGAUAAAAGUUGCCUCUCAAGAAAUAGAGGAAGAGCUGGACAACAUUGUGUCAGAGAGACAUGAACUUAUCCGGUGUUAUGAGGAUUUGAAAAACCAAGCUGAGGAGAAAUUGGUUUCUUUGAGCAAGGAUUAUGAUCCUCAACUGACCAUUAGUCUUGAGAUGAAAAUUGCGGAAACAGCUGCAGAGAUUGAAGAUGUAAAGAAGCAACUGCAAGAUGCACAGGCUGCUGAAGUGGAUAUACUCAGAAUUGUAACUACUGAGCUUAAUGAGGCUAGACGGACACUGCAUAAAGUUACAAAAGAAGAAAGUUUUCUGAAAAGCUUGCUGAAUUCACUUGAGCUGGAAUUGGAAAAAGUGAAGAGGGAGUAUGCUGACGAAAUGAAGAAGAUGGAAAUGGAUCCUGACAAUGAGAAGAAAUCCACAAUCAAACAACUAGUAACUGAAACUGAAGCGGCAAAAAGAGAAGCAGAGGAGAUGAAAAAGAAUGCUGAAGAGCUGAAGCAAGAAGCUGAAGGUACCCAGAUGGUCGAAGAGGUAACAGAGAAAAAGCUACAGGUUGCUCUGUCAGAGCUUGAAGAAGCGAUAGAUGAUGAAAGGAAAGCCUGUGCUGAGUUAAAUACGAAAUCAGAUUCCACUGCCGAGGUGAAAAUCACAAAGGAAGAGUAUCAAUCUUUGAAGAAGAAAGCUGAGGAAAUUAAAAACUUGACUGAGGAGACGUUGGCGGAAGCUAUGACUCACCUGGAAGAGAUAAAUUCUAGUAAAAGCAAAGCAGACCGAAAAUUGGAAGCAAAUUUAAAAGCCAUUGAGGAAAUCAAUACUGCCAUAGAGAUAGCUUUGAUAUCUGGAGAGACGGCAGGCACUGCACAAAACAUGGUUGAAGCUGAACUCAGAAGGCUAGAAAGCUUUAAUUAAUUUUAGCAAGUUUGAAGACGACAUUACCAUCAUUGCCCCGCCAUUCUAGGAUCUUAAACCAGAUACAUGUUUGAAUCAAUCUGUAAUGGAAAAGGAGAGAACAUCUUACCUGAAAGGCCUUUCUCGCAAUCUCUUUGGUUUAUUUUGCAUUGGAUGAUUGGAAGAUUAAUCUCAGAACUUGUAUGUAAAUGGUGAAGAAAUGUAGAAUGAUGCUGAUGUACGCUAUCAGAAAAGAAAUUUCAGGAUUGAAUAAGAGUUAUAAGUGAUCCAUAU